GACUGGGAAUGCCACGUACAGUAUAAUAAGAAUGUGUUCAUCGUUUGUCAAAAAAUGAAACCAGUUCAAGUGAAGUUACCAAGCCUGACAAGAGAUGGGACUGUCGGGACAUAUAGUGGUAGCUUUGCCAUUUUAGAUGGGAAAGUUGCAGGCCAGUUCAUCCUGCUUUCCUGCCACACACUACACAUCAAAAAUGAUAGAACACGAAGGACGUGA